CGCGCAUAGUUACCUCCAAGGGAGAUAACCACACCUUCACCGCUUCCUGCACGAAAGAAUGGAGACUAUAUCCAACCUGGUGAGGGUCACGCUGCCAAACUAUUUACAAAGUCUGCCCAUUCCCAGGUCUUUGGGAGGAUUUGCCAGCUUAAGUGGUAAUGACUGGUUGGCUUUAGUUCCAUUUGUGGGAACAGUAUCUAUUCUGGUGUAUGUUACAACAAAGGCUUUCCUUCCACAACGAAAGCCAGAGGAUAUUGCAAUCAACAUGAAAAUCCAGAAGGAAAGUCCAAAGGUGGUGAAUGUGGUGGACAUAGAAGAUCUGGGAGAAAAGAUAAGCUACUGUCGUUGCUGGAGGUCCAAAAAGUUUCCUCUCUGUGAUGGAGCUCAUGGUAAGCACAAUGAGGAAACAGGUGACAAUGUUGGACCUUUGGUACUCCGUCGUAAAGUGGAUGCCACAGCAAAGUAACAUCUACUGCAUUCUUAAAGUUUUUAAGGGAUUUUACUCCCUAUUUAUGCAGUGAUAAUAACUUUCUGUAAGAAUUGCUUUGUGUCACUGCCGCUUCUGUUUAGACAUGUUUCCUUAAAUGGCAUGUAUUUUAAUGUUUUCUUUUUAAUAGAGUAGGACACACUUUAGAAACACCACAUUACUUGAAUUUUGUGACAAGAAUCUUUUGCUGGUGCAGACAUGCCACUAAAAGAGAAUUUUUCACUGUUGAAUAGCUGUAAAAAUCUUGUGAAUUUCUGGCAUCUGUAUGUCAUCAUGUUGUUUCUCAUUCCCACCUAGUUUAUAAAUGCCUUUCUCAGAUACCUAUUGAUAGUUGAAUAUGAAUAUUUUGUAUCAGAGAUUAUCAGUAACAUCAAAAUCUGUUUUUUGUAUGUUGUGAUUAAGCAUGUGAGGUAACUCAAUUAAAAUAAAUCUUCCUAAGGGAAGUCAGUAUAUUUUUUUUGUUUCGUUUUCCCUUUCUGGCAUUUCAUUUUUGCGAAUGAAGUGGAUGAUUUUCAUUGGAAAAAUCAGAGAAUAUAAUUUCCAUUGUUAUUUAGUGUGUUUACAAAGAUUUGUGAGUAAUGACUGUUAAACAGCCUGUGUUAAGCCUUGCACAACAUAACCAAAGUUAAAAAAAAAAAUGUUGAAAUCAAUUUUUUUAAUUGAAUACAUGUGGCCUGUAAAUGUUUAGACCUUUAUAUCUGAAGAUAUCUCAGGUAGCAAUAAAUAAUACUUUGUAGAACAAGAUCAAUUCUUGUGAUAUUGUGUUAAUUAUAUUGUGACGAAGUAAACGAGAUACAAAGGAGUGUGUACAACUUUCUGUGCUAUAUAUUAUGCUAUAACCAUUGAUAGAUAGUAAUAAUGUGUGACUGUACAUUCGAAGACUACAUUUUUUUUUUUUUUAAUAUGUAUGGCUUUACUUCAGGUCUUUGAAAGAGAGCACUUUGAAAUUAAGCAGGGUAUUAUCAGGGGAGACUAACAGACCGCUUGCUCAAACCAUUGCUUAUCUCUCCUGAGACAUUUGCCACCGCCCCAUGGCCGCCACCUGAUAAACUUUACUGCAUACAAAUUUAGCUGCAGUGUAAAUUAGUUGAAUGCAAAUGUAUAAUUUUCCUCAAAUGGCCAAUUUUGAGAAAGUUAACAAGACAAGGAAUGAUAAAACAGGACUACUUUAAAUAAUCAUGCAAUUUCACUUCAUCAAAUGAUGAUUUUCUGCUAUACAGAAUAUAGAUUGGUUUACUUGUUAUAUUUACAUAGGAUUAGUAUAAAUGAUCAUGCUGCUACAUAUUCUUUUCUUUGGUGUGCAUAUUUUUGCCAUAAAGUGCAUCUGGAGAGUUUUGUUGCCAUGUAUAAUACAAAUAAGUACAUUUAUGCAGAAGCAGAGAAAUAAAAAUAUAUAAUUUGUUCA